UAGUCAGAUUGUGAGAAAGCGGAGACUUUAAACKAAAAUAAGGAUUGGAGCGCAAAGUUGUUCUGCUCCCUUCCCCUCUUUAUCAGUUCUCGACCUUUCACGUGCGCGUAAGUGGGUUACAUUUCUGCUAAAUUCAUUAGCGAAAAUAGGCCAUUGAAGACCUUUUGAUUCACCUCCUUCCAGUCGCUUUCGUUCCCCGUCUUUUGAACUGGUAAAGUAAAUUGAAAAUCUCUUGAAAUGAUCAUAUAUCAGCACACCUUAGAAGCAGCAGCUCCCAUCGCGUUCUUUGUGUUUUCCAUAUCUUUUCCAAAACAUUGACUACACAAGUGAUCACAAGUCUUAAUGAGCAUUGAAGUGUCUAGUAAAACUAUCGCUGGAAAAUAUAGAAAACGCAGAGUUGUAUUAUAUGAAAUCUUAAUCAGCGCYAAUCAGCGURCAGUGAAAAACAUUCCAUCCACGAGUUACUGUGCGUCGACAGUACCGAGAUGCUUUGCGAUUGCAUUUCGCAACAAAAUGGCGGACGAUGAACAAAGUGUGUGUGGUAGUUUCUCGAGUUUAGGYAUAAACAGUUGGUUAGUGAAGCAAUGUAAAGCCAUGGGAAUCAAACAGCCCACAGAAAUACAAAUAAACUGCAUCCCACCGAUUCUAGAUGGCCGAGAUUGCAUUGGUUGUGCGAAAACUGGCAGUGGAAAGACAGCGGCCUUCGCUCURCCSAUACUACAGAAACUUUGUCAGGAUCCUUAUGGCAUCUUYGCUGUKGUUUUGACUCCUACGCGUGAACUUGCAYUGCAAAUCGCUGACCAGUUCAAAGUCCUUGGACAACCAAUUGGAUUKAAAUCAUGUGUUGUGAUUGGUGGCAUGGAUAUGAUGAAACAAGCCAUAGCACUUGCAGAUAAACCACAUGUUGUCAUAGCAACUCCUGGAAGACUUGCUGACCACCUUAAAAGCACRGAUACGCUGAUUGUGAAUAAAAUCCAGUUCUUGGUACUUGAUGAAGCAGAUAGACUAUUAGACCCWUCAUUUGGCGAUGACCUUGGGGUUAUAUUUGAUGCUGUUCCUAAGAAGAGGCAAACCCUUUUGUUUAGUGCAACUCUGACGGACACAAUGGAAGAGUUAAAGAAAGUAUCUACAGCUGAACCUUUCUGUUAUGAAAUUAAAUCAGAAAUUGCAACAGUCGCACAGCUGGACCAACGAUACCUACUUGUACCAGCAAAUGUGAGGGACUGCUAUUUAGUUUACUUGCUGAGAGAACAAGAUAGCAACAAAUCAACCAUUGUCUUUACUCAUACCUGCAAAAACUGUCAAGUUCUAGCUUCAAUGCUGCACAAAGUAGAACUUCCAUGCGUUGCUUUACAUUCGCUCAUGUCACAAAGGGAAAGACUAGCAGCUUUAUCAAAAUUCAAGUCAGGUAGAGUAAAGAUUCUUGUGGCAACUGAUGUUGCCAGCCGUGGACUUGAUAUACCUGAAGUUGAACUUGUAGUAAACAGUAAUGUUCCUGCUUCUCCCAAAGAUUACAUUCAUAGGGUAGGUAGAACUGCCAGAGCAGGGAAAGGUGGCAUGGCUGUUACUUUAGUUACGCAGUACGAUGUUGAACGUGUCAAGAAGAUUGAAGCAACUAUUAACACUAAAUUAACUAUGCUGGAUUCUGAUGAGAAAGAAGUUCUAACGUUACUAAAGGGUGUCUUGGUGGCCAGGAGAGAAGCAGAGCUAAAUGUAAGAGACAGUGACAUUUUGGAAAAGAGAAAAAAGAAUAAAAGAAAGAAGGACAUUCUGGAAGGAAAGGAUCCCGCUGCUAAGAAGAAAAGGAAAUCUAAAAAAUAAUUCAACAGUAACAAUAAUAAUAAGAAUGAUUUCCAGGGUUUUWAUUUUGUACGAAAUUAGUGAAUUUCAAUGGAACUCAGGAGGAAUAAAAAAAAACUCGUCUAACUGUAUCCAGUAAUUUUCGAAAUCGUUCUGAGUGAAUACACCUAUUUGCAAAGAAUGCUGACCCAAAUGAAAAUAUACCAUAACAAUGAAAUGUUUUGCUUACAAAAAUCUGCUUCAAUAUGCAUUAAAAUAUUAUUUCUCAAAACCCAUGGGUACUUUCGGUAGUGCGAUCGCCGUUCGACAAU